AGGGCAUCGAGGCGCUGCGGUCCAACACUAGACUUUUACCGGUGACAUUAAAAUGGGGGGACAUGUAUCGAGGACUGACUUCGAAUGGUCUUACACAGCCGAACCUCAUGCUUCAAGAAGGAAGGAAAUUUUGGGUAAGAAAUGCAAGCAUCGAGCUCGUUUUCUUUUUUUAUCGUUAAAGGGAAGGACUCGAACGCUCUCAGAUUUUGCGCUUGUUUGCUUUGGCAGACGAUGAAAAUUUAUAUUUUCACGCGGAAAAUUGGUACUGGUUUACUAUUGGUAAACUCUGGUAACCAUUUUCUAGUUGACUCUUUUAUUGUUUUGAUCUAAUGGUUUUCACCCGAAGGGAAUUCAUCUGAAAUAAAAAUUCUCACCCUUCUUUGUGAAUAAACAAGAGAGAAAUGCCGGCUCCGUGCAUCGGGAUCUGUAGCCGCAGGCAUCAGGACUCAUGGCCGCUCUUGAUUUAGUAUUGAUUCGGUAUGAAAUACGAGUAUUUAGUCAUCGAAUUUUCCACGACUGUAUCAAUUCUUCUCUCAAAAAAUUUAGACUAGAGAACCCACAUGGAAGAGCAUUUCUUAUUUCAAUCGUUACACCUAAAGGACCAUGUUAUGCAAUGAGAUUAAACUAACCUCGUGUAAAAAGUACUGUGAUUUUCCACUGAAAAACUUAAAUUUGUGAAUUAUUUCGAACAUACAGUAUCCAAUCUGAACUAAAUGAACCUUGUUCAAUCUCAAGAUCGAAGUUAUUAUUUUGGAUUGCUUCGUUUCUUAUGGCCUUAGUCUGAUAUUCCAAGCUGUAGUAGUACAACAUGAAUUAUUUAUUCGGUGUCAAGCUGAGUUGUCUGAUGUACAAAGGGCGAAAUAAUAUCAUCCGUCGGGCCUGAUCAUUUUCCGUUUUGCUUGGAAAAAGUUUGAACAGCUAUCAAGAUUCGAUUGAACAAAAGUAACAUUUAUAUUCACAUGUACUCUCCUGAAUGACGAGGCAGGAUACAGUGAAAACAGUUCAUCAAAUAAGUUAUAUAACAAUCAAAACAGAAAUUUACACAGAUACGCUAAAUGUAUGCAAACAAAAGCAAAACCACUCCUUCUCUUUCUCAGUCACUUCUUGUAACAACAAUAACAAAGAAUAACGAAUCUUUUCAUGCUCACAAGAGGAGAUAUUGAUAUGAAGUAAUAAGAGAAUUAUUUAGCAUUUACAGGCAAAUCUUUAACAAGCGAAGUAAAAUCUUUACUGGAAACCCAAGCGCUAGAGGAAGCGAAAGGUUUCCCAACCACUUCUCACCGAUUCAAAGUUUUUUAUUUUAAAGCAGAAGAGUGAAAGAAACCAGACUAAUAUAGGAAAUGUGAUAUUAUUAGGUAAUACAGGAACUAGACUUUUUAUUCAAGGAAUCAUGUUCUGACUACAAAUAAUUUCUUUUUUUUUUUUUUUUGGCGAAAGAGUUUGUAUUUAGGUCUUUCAACUGAUGAGGAAUGUCUUACCAGAGAUCUAGUGCAUGAUCUAUGAUCUAUGCAAAAAUUGCUUGUAUUUUCCCACUACCUGCAGUUUUACAGAGUUCUUAAUAAUAACUAGAGUUACCAUUUCAUUUCUCUGUUGAUGUCACCUAUUUCUACGAUCAAUGUAUAUUUUUUCAUCAACCUUCAAGUUGCAAGUGUUUUAUCUUUUCUCUGUGACAGAUUCUGAAGUUACCAUUUUAUUUUCUCUUGAUAUCAACAUUUUUUGUAAUCAGCGCAAUAAGUUUUUGUUCACUAGUAAAAUAUUUUCUGUUUUCUCUUUUCAGCUAAGUACCCCCAAAUCAAGAAGUUGAUGGGCUAUGAUCCAAACUUCAAGUACCAAGUAUUGCUGUUAAUUGUGAUCCAGUUCACAUUGACAUAUGUGCUGAAAGAUUUCUCCUGGCCUAUCAUCUUUUUGGCUGCAUAUUUUGUUGGUGGUGUCAUCAACCAUGCAUUACUCCUAGCCAUACACGAGAUCUCCCACAACUUGGCAUUUGGCCAUGCACGACCAAUCCACAACCGAAUCUUCUCACUGAUAGUAAACUUUCCUAUUGGAGUACCAUGUGCCAUCUCCUUCAAGAAGUAUCAUUUGGAGCACCACAGAUACCAAGGUGAUGAAGAGCUGGAUGUGGACCUGCCCACAGAAUUUGAAGCCCGUUUGUUUUUUAACACAUUAACCAAAUUUUUCUGGGUGGUAUUUCAACCAUUCUUCUACUCAUUCCGCCCAAUGUUUGUUAACCCAAAGAAUCCUUUGGCUUUGGAAAUCUUCAACAUAAUUCUCCAGUUUGGUCUUGAUGCAGUGAUAGUGCAUUACUGGGGAGGAAAGGCCCUUGUGUACAUGAUUGCAAGUUCACUGUUAGGUAUGGGGCUUCACCCAGUGGCUGGGCAUUUUAUCUCAGAGCACUACAUGUUCGCCAAGGGUUUUGAAACCUUCUCAUACUAUGGCCCUUUGAAUAUGGUCACCUUCAACGUUGGUUACCACAAUGAGCAUCAUGAUUUUCCAAGUAUUCCUGGUUCCAGACUACCCUUGGUGAAAGAGAUUGCACCAGAGUACUAUGACAACUUGCCACAACAUCACUCCUGGACAAAAGUACUUUUUGAUUUCAUCACUGAUCCAGCAAUUGGACCAUAUGCUAGGAUGAAACGAAAGGCUAUGAAGCCAAAAAAUAACAAAGAAUAAUAGAAAGACUUGAACCAACCGAGUGAGGAGAAAAACUUGUUCUAUCGGCAGUAUCUUGUGAGAUGUAAUAUUGUAGUUUGAUGUCAACAGACAGUAGUACUUUGAUAGUAUACUGUCAGUUAGGGGUAAUUAUGGGUUAUCAUGAGUGCUAUUUAAAAGGCUGAAUGUUUCUGUUGAAGUGAUGAAUAUUGAUCCCAAAAAAUAAAAAAUAAAAUAGUAAAAGUUUCCUUGAGGCAAAGUUGCUGGACAUUUUAAGGGAAAUUUGUUGAUUUUGAGGACUCAGAAUUUUUCUUUGUCCCAUGCUUGUGACAAGACAAAAAACAUCUUUUUCUAUUUCUUUAUUGAGCAUCUCUCAUUCUAUUUACAAACAUGACGCUAUUGCUGAUCCUAGCAGUAUGCAGGAUGCGUGUCAUAUGAACUUUGUAAUAGACCUCGUUCACCACAGAGUCUCUCUGGCUCAGAAGUAGAGCAUCAGAGUAGUUUUUCUGUUUUCGCACUCAUAGCAAAACAAAAACAUCUUUCUGUAAUCUUAGAUUGUUUGUUAGCAAACCAAGAAUUUUUUCCUCUAGAAAGGCUCAACUGUAGAGCAGUGUUCCAGGUUUUUAAAUUUACUUUGAGAAUUUUUUUACCUUUAAUGAACCAAGUUUCAUGAAAAAAUACACAAAUUAAAUAAUUUAAAGCCUUUUUACAGAAGUAUUUUCUUAUUCAUUACUUUCAAAACUUCAUGGAAUUUAUGAUGUCAAAAUAAUACAGUGUGUAGUUUAAGUCCUGAAGGUUUUUGUUUAGGGAUGUUUGAGGUUAUAGUUAUGAUAUUUCUUCUAUUCCAGAGAGAAUUGGUUAAAAAUAUUGAGAAAGAUACUUUCAAUCAGGAUCAAAAUGCUAGAAGCAGACAUACAGAAACCUUCCAAGGACUGAUUAACUCUCCCUUUCAACUGUGGCAUACUUCCUGGUAAAUUAUUUAAGUGAAUGUACAUGCAGUGUUAUGUCAGAAAAUACACCUUGCUUCAAGGAUUGACUUUCACAGUCCCUGCUUUUGUUGGUUAAUGUAACUAUACUGUAAUUCCUCAUGACAUGCACCUAAAUCGUAUUCUCAGCCUUGCAGGAGUAAAUGAAACUAAUAGCAAUGUUGAAACUAAUGGUCAUGUUGAAAUUUUGCAUAUAUGUUAUCACCUGUACUUCAAGAUCAAAUUCCUAAAAGAAGAAGAUAAGUUUAUUGAAGUAUAACAAAACUAAGAAGCAUUAUUUAAUGUUCUCUCAAAUUAAAUUAAAUUAUUGCAAAAUUGUUUUAGGACUUUCGUUUUGAAAUAAAUUGAAUCAUUUUGGGAAAUUGAAACCAAUAAAUGAUUAAACAUUUGUGUGUUUUCAUUAAAAAGAAAUUUCAUUGAAACUGCAGAUGAAAAUCAUGGGAAGCAAUGAUCAUGGCAGGAUCUUUGAUUUGCUUGGUUUUCAUGAUCUCCUGUUCAUCUCUUGGUGGUAUUUUUUAAACCAAAUGAUAUCUUUUGAAAAUUUUUGUACUUGUGCUUAUUUGAAAUUUAUGUCUGUUAUCUUUCUUAAACCAAUUGUUUGGUUAGUGUUGUAAGUGACAAUGUGGCAGAGAUAACAACACUACAAGGAUUCACUAAAACCUGCAGAUUUAUUUUCAAAAAGCAAAAGAUAAAGUACUUGCAAACAAAGAUGAUGGCAGACGUAAAUGUAGUUGUUGACUGAUACAGACAGACUUGCUGGUUGGGGUUAGAACCUUGAUGUAGAUUGAAACUUAAAUGUUGGAAAAGCUAAACUACCAAUUGUAACAUAAAUAUAAAGAAGCAACAAUUAAAGGCUAAUUGCACUUACAGUUGUUACAAAACUCUCCUGUGUACUGGAAAGUGUGAACACCUGCAAAGAACUGUAUUAUAGACUAAACUGCAUUGUUUGCAUAGAAGGGUUGAUGAAAAAUUUCUGUCCUCGAAAAAAAAUUAAACAUAGAAAAGGGGUAGGUAAAAAAUGACAAUAGACUUAACACCUGUAAAACAAAGAAAUUGAUCAAAACAAAGUAAACUGAGAUGGUAAUGUUAGGUAAUGAGCAAUAAUGAUUAAACUGUGAACUUAGAUCUGAAAUAAGCACAAAUAAAGUGAGAAAGUGUGAAG